AAAUACAUUACUAUGCCAUAUAAGAAAUCAUGACUGAAACCACUUGAAAUUGGUGUGGCUGGCUCAUAAACCAACUAAUUCCCUCCAAACCCAACUGUGCUGACCAAAGGAUGCAACAACCAAACAAGACAGACAAACCGAAUAUCGUUUACAAAAUCAACUGGAAUAACUGUAGUAAACACUACAUUGAACAUAGCGGCCGCCCUCUUCACCUUCAUCUACAUGAACAUCAAUUAACUACUAAACGUCACGACAUGUCAUCACUGCUUAUUUCAAUGCAUGUGGAUAAAAACUAUGGAGAUGAAUUGAAUUUUGACAUUGUAGAAAUCUUGGAGGGAGAGAGGAAAGACAAAGAAUAUGAGAGAAUUCCUAGGAGCUUGGCAUUCACGUCGGUCAGUCAGUCAGUCAGUGAGCAAUCAAUAGAUGUAUAGACAUAGACCCAAUCUAUCAAGGAGUGAGAAAAAUGAUAAACGACAGAA